AUGACAGACGCGUCUCGCUGGAAGGCAACCCUCUACGUCGGAGGCUUGCCCGCCGCGGCAACAGAGGCGAGCCUGCACGAUGCAUUCAUCCCCUUUGGUGAAAUAGCCGACGUGAAGAUGCCCAAGAACGACAACCCAAAAUCGGCAGAGACGCACAGGGGCUUUGCAUAUGUCGAGUAUGAGGAUGCAGAUGAUGCCAAAGAAGCCAUGGACAAUAUGGAUCAGUCAGAAUUCUUUGGAAGAAUCAUCAAGGUCCAUGCUGCGAAGCCACCAAAGAGUGCUAACGAGGGACUUGGCAGCAAGACGGCCGUCUGGGAGCAGGAGGGGUGGCUUGCAAAAAAUGCCGUCAGUGAGGAGGAUAGGUUGACUGGAGAUCAGUCAGCUGUGGCGGCGGAACCUGCUUCUCCAGCAGAAGAUCCUAUGCAGGGGCUGGAAGGAUUGGAUGUUGCCGGUCCUAGACCUGAGUGA